GACGUGGAAGAUCGGCGAUUAGUCGAAGGACGUUUUAGCUGCUCGAUGGCGGACUUGGGGUCUUUUUAAGCAGCUUCGCUGUGGACACAUAACGGACUUAGUGGACAAACAGCCGUCACAAUGAAAAAGAACCACUUACCGACUCGGGGUCCACACGAGCCGGAGUGGCAGCCUGGCCAGCCUGAGAAAGUGGGCUGGGUCAGAAAGUUUUGUGGCAAAGGAAUCUUCAGAGAGAUCUGGAAGAACCGCUUCAUAGUGCUGAAGGGGGAUCAACUAAUCAUCUGCGAGAAGGAGGGGAAGGAAGUGGCUGAUGAGGUUUUGGACCUGUGUGAUUUUGAGCGCUGUGAGGAAAUGAGGAACAACAAAAGUCGAAGCAAGAAGAACCACAGUAAGUUCCGACUUCAGCGCUGCUCGCCAGGGAAUGAGGUUCCUAAUGUCCUCUUCCUGGCAGUGAGUCCAGAAGACAAAGAGUCCUGGAUCGGUGUGCUCAAUGUUGCCAUCACUCGAGCCAAGAACCGAAUCCUGGAUGAGGUGACAGUAGAAGAAGCUUACCUGUGUCACCUGACCCGAGACCGAGCAAAGAUUCCUCACAACCGGCGUCUACCAACCAGAGGUCACCUGCUUGCUGUGGCAUCCUCCUCAGAUGGAAUGAUGACUUUAGACCUAAUUCAGGAGGAGGACAUUUCGGCACCACCUGACAACUGCGACGGCUGUCGGGUCAACACAGAAAAAUCCCAGUCACCCUCAAACUGUCACCGGUCCAGAACUGAAGGAGCUGUCUUCAGCAGGACUGCCAAUGCCUCUGGGAAGUCACAAAGUCUUCCUCGGGAGGGGGCAGUGGCCUGGGAGCAAAUGGAUACCAGCUGGACAUCUGGGUCGGCAACAGAUAAGAAUCGUUGCGCCUCCAUGGACGAGAUCCUGGGCCAUUCGGAGAAAAACCGGACUACGUUGACACCUCACCCAAGUGCCGCGGCUCCAAUCAGCCGCCUGCAGGAGCUAAUCAGCUUCAAACUGGCACAGACGGAGCAGCUCCUUUUGGUGACACGGGACCGACCAGAAGGCGAGGCCGGGAAGGCAGAGGAGAUGACAGCAAAAGCAGAGAGACUCCUUAAGGAGGCAGUGGAAGCCCUAGACCAGGCUCAUGAGGUGCUGGAGGAGGUGAAGGAGCUCAGGGAACUGUACCGACAACUGGACAGCUCAGCACUAAACAGAGUCAGAGGAACAGAACCUGAACAAGCAGCAUUCAAAACCUGAACUAGAUGUUUUUUUUGGACAAAUUUGUUGCACUUUUUGCACCCGUAUGGAAAAAUGUUAAGACUUGGUGGAAAACAGGUCCUCACAGGUCGGCAUCAGCCUGAACCUGACGCAUCCAGCUCGCCGUGUUUUCAUGUGCCAUGAAGACACGGUCACCUGGUUUGAUCGUUUGUCUGUCAUGUCGGUGGGGUCAAUAAAGGUCAAAAUAUUGUUAUACUAAGCUAAUGAAGAUUCAACUGUGAAUGUUAGCACUACAAGGCUUAACGGUCAAAGGAGCGUUGAAUAGUUUUAUAAUA